GCGUCAAGCAGCAGGCUCCAGCUCAUUGUGUCCUGACUACUCUGUCGAGGCUAUGCUCUGCAGUGGACAAGCUUCUAAGGGAAGCCCCACGGUGAUCUGCAGUGUCCAGAGACUGAAGGUCAGGUCUGGGAGUUGAGAACAGAGGGAGUGCAGAUGCUUCUAGCCAGAGAACCCCAGCAAUUGUAAAGCUCCUCCCCUGCCUCCUUCCUACUCAAUGCUCCUCAGCUCACCAGAGAAAAGGAAUGGCUGUCAGCCAGCUCCCGGCCCUGGUCCAGGACUUGGUGACCUUCAAGGAUGUGGCCGUGCUUUUCACCCAGGAGGAGUGGGGUCAGCUGAGCUCUGCCCAGAGGGCCUUGUAUCAGGAUGUGAUGCUAGAGAACUACAGUAACCUGGUCUCACUGGGUCUCUUAGGAUCCCAACCAGAUAUGUUCUUUCCCCUGGAGGAAGUGGAAGAAUGUGUGUCAGAGGAGGCUCCUGAGGGCUUUGUUCUGGAUGCCGCAGAUGAACCUCACUUGGGUCCUCGAUCUGCGUGUGAAGCUCAGGUUCCGGUUACAGGGGAAAUUACAGUGGCCAUGAGUAAGAAAUUCCUCAAGGCAGAUAUCCCUGAGAAAGAGUCGGAUCAAUGGAUAGCAAAGGAAAGAGCAUGUGCUAACUUGUUCAAUUGGCAGUGCCAGGAAGGUCAGGAGGUGAAGUUGCAGCAAGUGGUCCUCACCCAGCAGAACACUCCAUCAAAACUGAGUGAGCAGAGAGUCAGAGCAGAGAGCUCAUCACCCAUCCAAAGUCAGAGAUCUCAAGCAAGCAAAACGGCUUUUGAAUGCAGCGAAUGCGGGAAAGCCUUCUCUAAGAGUUCCACCCUUAAGAAGCAUCAGAAACUUCAUACCGAAAAACUCAACCCAAGUCAGAAAUCACCAAUGAAAGAGAAGCGAUACAAGUGCCGAGAAUGUGGGAAAGCCUUCCACCAGAGUACACACCUCAUCCAUCACCAAAGAGUCCACACUGGCGAGAAACCAUACCAGUGCAAGGACUGUGGCAAGGCCUUCUCAGUGAGCUCUUCCCUUUCCUACCACCAGAAAAUCCAUACCGGAGAAAAGCCCUUUGAAUGUAAUGUUUGUGGAAAGGCCUUUAUCCGGAACAUACAUCUUUCCCACCAUCAUAGAAUGCACACUGGAGAGAAACCUUUCCAAUGCAACCUUUGUGACAAAGCUUUCGUUUGCAGAGCACAUCUUACCAAACACCAGCACAUUCACAGUGGCAAGAAGCCCUAUAAAUGUAAUGAGUGUGGGAAAGCCUUCAAUCAGAGUACAAGUUUUCUGCAGCAUCAGAGGAUCCACACUGGAGAGAAACCCUUUGAAUGCAACGAGUGUGGCAAGGCCUUCAGGGUGAACUCUUCCCUUACUGAACACCAGAGAAUCCACACUGGGGAGAAACCAUAUCAAUGUAUCGAAUGUGGCAAAGCUUUCAGGGAUAACUCAUCCUUUGCACGCCAUCGGAAAAUUCACACUGGAGAGAAACCUUACAGAUGUGGCUUGUGUGAGAAGGCUUUCAGGGACCAGUCAGCCCUAGCACAGCAUCAGAGAACUCACACUGGGGAAAAGCCUUACACGUGUAACAUAUGUGAGAAAGCCUUCAGUGACCAUUCGGCCCUUACCCAACAUAAGAGAAUUCACACGAGAGAAAAACCGUACAAAUGUAAAACCUGUGGGAAAGCUUUUAUCCGAAGCACACACCUCAUUCAACACCAGAGGAUUCACACGGGAGAGAAACCUUACAAAUGUAACACAUGCGGGAAAGCCUUCAACCAGACUGCAAACCUCGCUCAGCACCAGAGGCAUCACACUGGAGGAAAGUGAUAGAAAGGCAGUUAAUAGGUGCUGAGGGGAUGAUGUCAUUAAUUAUUGAAUAGAAGAGAGUACAUAAUCACACUGAAGUCUUUUAUCAUCAUGGUUGGAUUUACUCGGAGCCAGGUUGCCUAAUGCUAAGGGUCUUGAGAAUCUUAUGAAUGGUGAACACACCUUACUCUUCAGUCUGCCACAGUUGGAUAGUAGUGCCUUUUUAUUGGCCUGAAUUACUAUUAGAACCAAAAUGAAAAUUCAUUAAAAGCAUAAAUGUCAGUUUAUCAAAUUUA